AUGGCAAAAAUAGACGAAACCACUCCGAGGAUGCUGGCCGGUCUAUAUUAAGGGUCAGUACUGGUCGAGCUUUCGACGCCGCGGCGGAGACCCGUGCGACGCCUGCGCUUGGACCUGCCAGCCACUUGCGACAUCACAUGGCCGACUUUGGCGACUUGGACGACUUUAACGAGCACGAAGUGCAAGGGCGCCCGAUCAAAGCGUACAAGAACGGAUGCUUUGACAAUCCAAAAUCGCUGUUUGUUCAACUGCACUGGUCCUGGGACGACUUUUUGUGCUCUUGCUCCCAGCGCCUCGAGAUGGUCCCGAUGGCAUCGCGUGUGUUUAAUUCGGACGGUACUCGACUCGUUCGGACGUAAUAACUCCACGGGUUGCUUGGGUUGUGGCGUAGGCGUUGAAAUCGACGAUCUCAUGUGCAUUGAAGAAGGCGACAUGCUGUUCUUCUCGGCGGGCGCGCCAUUCAAGAUUCCCGGCAACGACGACCAUACCAACACGGAAGAGUUGGGCGCUGGCGGCGUUGUCGGGGGCUACCGAGUCACGUCGCUGUUGGGUCGCGGUGGAUUUGGCGAAGUUCGGUUGGGCAUCCAUCAACUCACGAGCGAAAAAGUGGCGCUCAAGUUCAUUUUGAAAAACGAGAUGGGGUCCCUUGGUGACGUCGAGCGCACGACGACCGAGAUUCAGUGCCUCACGGCGCUCAACCACCCGAGCAUCAUCAAGUUGAUCCGCGUAUUUAAUGAACCGAACCACGUCGUGCUCGUGUUUGAACUCUUGGAAGGCGGCGACUUGUUUCACCACUUGGCCCAGUUGCCCCCGGGAGGGCUGUCGGAGGAAGAAGGAGCGCUUGUGUUUUCCCAGAUCCUUGCCGGCGUCGGUUAUGCGCACAACCAGCACAUUUGCCAUCGCGACCUCAAGCUCGAAAACAUUUUGCUGCAAAACAAAUGCGACCUCAACAGCGUCAAGAUUGCCGACUUUGGGCUGAGCGACUUUUACCGACCUGGUGCGAUGGCCAAGACUACAUGCGGAUCGAUCUCGUACUUGCCGCCAGAGGUGUUUCGAGGCACGUCGAACGCAGGUCCGCCGCUGGAUGUGUGGAGUCUCGGCGUGAUUCUGUUUGCGAUUGUGUGCGGGCGGCUUCCGUUUGAAGGGUCGGAUUUGAAAGGGUCGAACCGGCCGCGGGAAAACGUGAUUCGAAAUCGCAUCAUGCGCGCGCAGUACAAGCUGGACGAGCACUUGAGCGCCGACGUGACGGAUUUGAUCCAAAAGAUGCUGAAACUCGACCCGAUCGAGCGCGCGACGAUACCCGACAUCUUUAGCCAUCCAUGGAUCCGUGGCAAGGCCGGAUCGGCCGGGCUCGAUUCAUUGACGAUCCUGGCAUCGCCCAUCAAGGACGGCGACGACGACGCGGACGGGUGUGAGUCGUUUACGCUCAAGAAGGACUUGCUACCCACGACUACUACGGACACAACGUCGAUGCCACGGUCCGAGGACGUCAAGGGGCGAGGCGGCGCUGUACCGCUUGUUCCGCCGCUGGCCACCCUCGUCCCGCAGUCGCCCCCCUCGACCGUCGUCUCCCAUUCACACAGCACUUCCAAGCGCAAUGUACGAGGCCACGACGUCCAGAAACACAAGAGCCCGAGGGCCACCACAGGCGGCACGACAAUUCCGCCCAUCAACACGUCCAAAGGAUCGGACAAACACGUGGAUAAGCACGGAACGAGUGGCGGGCAAUCGCCUGCCAAUGCCAAGCGGGGCUCCGUCGGCAACUCCAAAGAACCAACGGCGCAGGUGCUGACCCCGAAAGACGGCAAGAGCAGAACGCGGGUGCCGCCCGUGCACCCCAUGACGCCGGACGACCGGAAUGCCUCGACGAAAGCCAAACGACGGCCAAGUCUCAACGACCCCAAGCUCAUGGAAGCCCUUGAUCCGACCCUCCACUGACCCCACACGCCACGACGCUCUCGUAGACACUUGUGGAUUCACCGUCCCGCUCCAUUCGUUCUGCUUUGCCUUGACGCCGCCAGCAUGCCACGCGUUGUGGCCAUCUCGACCGUUCAUGAAGGAAUGGGUUACAAUAACAAGGGGAUUACAAAAACCCUGGACUGACCACACCGUCGCGCCGGGACGGAUGCAUUGGGGCUUGGCUGGGGUAUUGUACGCUGUACGCCAUGGGUGGUGGAGCCAUCAUGUGGAUGGGCUGGGGGUGCGGAAGCAUGGGCUGAGGCAUCAUCGUGUGCUGGGGGUGUCCCAUCACGUGGGGCUGGUGUAUCGGCGGGUACGAUGGAGGCGCCAUCAUGUGAGGCAAUGGCUGGGGAGGGUGGGCGUUGCCAGAGCUGGCUUUGAGUUGGUCCAGCGAACGGGUGUCCGCUGGCGCCAUGUUCGCCUUGGCAGCCGCCGACACUUCCGACGACAGGCGCAAGUCCACCAAAUUGCUUCCUGGCACAACAAAGCCAGCGGGAGGUUGCUGUUGGGGCUGUCGUUGAGGUUGUUGCUGAAGUUGCUGAGGCUGCUGUUGGAAUGGUUGAGAUUGCUGGUGAAAUUGCUGAGAUUGUUGGUGAAAUGGAUGAGGUUGCUGAUGAAGUUGCUGAGGUUGCUGGAGAAAUUGCUGAGGGUGUGGGGCACCAAAAUGGUCUUGCUGUUGUUGGGGAGGAGGUUGAGGGGCAUCCAGAGGGUCGAAAGAGAGCCCGGCCAAUUCUGUCGAAACAAUCUGUCAGAACCAUCGUCUAGAGCGGAAUACGUACGAUCGAUGGUUGACAAUGGCUUGGGCGCUUCAAAGACAGCAGCAGUCGUGGGCGGCGUGGGUGCGAUCGUGAGGGACUCGACGCCGAGAAGAUCCACAACUUCCGAGGCAGGGGCGGCCUUGUCCCCCUUCUUCCCGGCCUUUUUCUUACUUGCUUUCUUGGGGUCGGCUCCGGAAGGCGCAGCGACUGCGGCCAAUUUGGAUGCGUCCAGCGCAUAUGAAUACGCUUUCUUGGACACAUUCGCCACAGUUUUCUUGGUCUUCUUCUUGUCCUCCGGCGCCGAUUCCGUGGACGCAUCGCUUUCCGAUAGCACAGCGACCUGCUUCUUGGUGGAUGAAGUCUUCUUCGUUGCUUUCUUCUUGGAUUUGGUGUCCAUUUCGCUGUCGUCGUCCUCGGAGGAAGCAAUGACCUCGGGUUUCUUGACGGCUUUAGAGCGCACUUUAGUCGACUUUUUCUUGACAUCGCUGUCUUCCGAUGACUCUUCGCUGUCAUCAUCGUCAUCAUCGUCGCUGUCGGACGAAGUGGCGGGGCGGCGCGAAGACUUGGACUUGUGUUUCUUGUUGUUGCUCAACGACUUGGACGUUUUGCCAGAUUUCUUGUGUGUGGGCAAAGGGCCUGACGAAGCGCUUGCGCUGUACGACGACGGGUUGUCCGAGUACGUCGAUGUGGGGCGAUACGAGUCAGAGUACUGACCGGGACGCUCCGUGGCAAAAUCGUUCUGGUACCCGCCCGCGUUGUACGAGCUGUUCGAGUAGCUCGACGAGUUGCCGCCAGGGCGUGCGUUGUUUCGGAUCUCAGCCAUCCAAUUUGCGCGUCCGUCAUUCAUCGUUCGCUGGUUAUCAGGGAUCGUGUUGUGGGACCGAGUCGCAAGUUGCAACACCUUUUCGCCCAACCACUGGCCGUUGCUGACAAUGCGGCUCUUCCAGUCGUCAUCGUUCGAAGAGCCACCGCGACUGGAACCACCUCCAACACCGUAGCUAUUGAAGCCGCCACCUUGAUGGUGGCCGCCGCCUUCCAUGCUCUGCUGCAUCCACAUGACAGUCGGACGAUUUUU